UGUAACUUGCACUUCAACUGCUGUACUAUGCGACUGACGACUGUACCUUGAUCACAUCGCUUCUAAAAGUUCUAACAAAGUAAAAGAGGUGAAAAGACCAUAUUACCCCAACCGAAAACCCCUUUCUCUCAUCAUCAUCUAUAAAGUUUAUAACAAUUAACAACAGCCUCAGUACUAGAAUCGCUUUCUCAAAAAUCCUUCUUCUCCGUCCAUCAAUGGCCGCUCCUUUCUCAGCCCUGUCGAAUGUCGGGUCGCGAAACGUUUCGCAGAUCGGAGGUUUCAGCUCCACAGCCUCUUGCAGUUCAAGCAGGCUCUGGAGGGUUUCAUUGGUGCCCUCGAAUCUAACGAUGUCGUCUGACUUCCUCACUGGGUCCUCUUCGCGUCUCUUUCCUCUGACAUCCUCGUCCAAUCUCCACUCUUCUCGGACAAAACCUCGUCCUUUUAGCUCUAUCCGGGCUACUGCUGAGGUAGCACCUUUACAAUCAAAAGUGACCAACAAGGUGUAUUUCGACAUAAGCAUCGGGAAUCCGGUGGGCAAGCUUGCUGGGAGGAUUGUGAUUGGAUUAUAUGGGGAUGAUGUGCCCCAAACGGCUGAGAACUUCCGUGCCCUUUGCACAGGUGAGAAAGGCUUUGGGUACAAGGGCUCAACAUUCCACCGCGUAAUUAAGGAUUUCAUGAUUCAAGGAGGCGACUUCGACAAAGGGAACGGAACUGGAGGUAAAAGUAUAUACGGUCGCACGUUCAAAGACGAGAACUUCAAGUUGGUUCAUACUGGACCUGGAGCUCUUAGCAUGGCAAAUGCUGGCCCCAAUACCAACGGAAGUCAGUUCUUUAUAUGCACAGUGAAGACACCGUGGCUGGACCAAAGGCAUGUUGUUUUUGGACAAGUUUUGGAAGGAAUGGAUGUAGUUCGGCUGAUUGAGUCACAAGAGACGGACCGUGGAGAUCGUCCUAGAAAGAAGGUGACUAUCAGUGAUUGCGGUGAGCUUCCGGUGGCCUGAUCUAGAAACCUUGUCAGUUUUACUAAGUUAUCUGCUCCUUUUUGGGGCUUCGGACUAGUCUACUCUAUCCAUUAGAGAGCAUUUUGUUUUGGCGUCCUGCAUUGACAAAACGCCAAAUUUUUCUGUUUUGAUCUGUAUUCCUAAAUGAUGUUGUAGACAAAGAACAAGGAGUUUUCAGUUAAGUAUAUGCUGAGGA